GUGGGCGUGUGUUACGUUGCCUUCGUUUUAGUCGCGUUUCUCCGAGGCGCAUUUUUAUUGGCGAAGCUAACCGGCUGGCGUUAGCCAACUAGCUAGCUGUUAUUGUUUUUCGCGAGAACCAAAAUGGAGGAGCAGGCUGUUCCCUGUGUCCUAUACAGCCACUCCCGAGUCCUCAUGUGGCGUCUCCUCUCCGGUCCUUGCUAAUGUUAACAGUUGCUGGGUGCACAUGGGAACCACAUAGCUGUGGUUUAAUUGCAUCGCCGAGGCGUUGCAUGAUGAAAUGUCCCUGGGUUCGCCAUGACUCUGAGGUCCACGUUGUUUCCAAAGACGGGAUCUAAGCAGAGCACUGAAGCCGUCCACUUGGAGCAGUCACACGCUGGGACCGCCACCGCGAGUCCUGUUUGCGUGAAGAGGGAGUCCUGUGACUUUGUUCUAAAUGUUCAAAACGUGCAGGGAGGCCAGAUCCCGAGCAAAUCACAGGUCUUAGACCAGAACUACAUGACAAGCAAAGUUGCUCUCGCUCCCUCAGUUUCAGAAUUGGUUCAAGGAGACAAUAUAAGCUUGGGGAUAUUGUCCCCUGUCAGACCGAUGGGGGGUGAGGGAACCCCGGUGAAAGGUAAACCCCUCUCUGUUGACAACAUGGAUAACCCUCAGAUGGCGGUGAACAAUAACCCUAAGGAUGCUGGUGCUGACGAUAGUGCAAAGGGGGUUGUCCCUGGAGUCGUUGGCACUGCAUCCAUUGAACUCUCUUCUGAGGGCAAAUGGAGGAACAUCAGGAAGACCCCUGCCAAUCCCCACACACAGGCCAACUGCCUCAGACAGAUUCUCCUGCUGCAGCUGGAUCUUAUUGAACAGCAGCAACAGCAGCUGCAAUCCAAGGACAAGGAGAUAGAUGAGCUCAAAGCUGAUAAGGAAACGCUGCUUGCACGUAUUGAGCGUAUGGAACGUCGCCUGCAACUCACAAGGAAGGACCCACCACGUGACAAGCGCCUUUUCCAACCCCUGGAGCCAUGGACUCCUGACAAAGAGGAUAUGUGGGAUCUGGAUGUAGAGGAGACUCCACAGUCCAACCAGGCCACAUCACUCCCCUUUAGUAGGGGUGGUAAAGGUCAAAAAAGGAAGUCUUGCUUUGGGGAUGCAAAAAACCAGAAAUCUCGGGGCAAAAGUGCUAAGCUUAGCCCCCAUAAAUCUGAAAUUCCGCCUGGCUCUCCAAAUCAAAGAGAGCUGCGCAGUAAGGAAACCCCAGAGAAGAUGGUUCCCACAAGGUCUGGGGCAGAAAGGGACAUUUCACUUCCAUUUAAAGAGGAGUCUGAGCUAAGCUGCCAGAUGGAAGAUCUGCCCUUUAUGUCAACCACAGAGAUGUAUCUCUGUUGCUGGAACCAACCUCCACUGUCCCCUCUGCGUGAGACUUCCCCUAAAAAGGAGGAAGAGGUGGCCAGUGAGUGGACUCCUCAUGUAGUUCAUGAUAUGCUGAUUGUUUUUCCAUCCUGGAGAGAAAAUUACAUUGAACCUUUGGAAGACGAUGACGACAUCACCUCUACUGAGCCGCUGGAUGAUGGUGUGUUUUUGAAACGCCAUGCGAAGCUGGAGUUGGAUGAAAAGAGGAGGAAAAGAUGGGACAUUCAGCGAAUCAGAGAGCAGCGCAUGUUUCAGCGCUUGCAGCAGCGCAUGAACCGGAAGAAAGUGGUCCAGGAGACUGAGCCAGAGCUUUCAUCCUUCUAUCCUGACACUGAAGAUGUUGAGGCUAUAGUGAUCACUCCUUUCUUGCCUGUGGUUGCUUUUGGUCGGCCGUUGCCCAAACUCUCUCAACAGAACUUUGAGCUGCCCUGGCUGGAUGACCGGAGCCGAUGUCGCAUUGAGGUUCCCAAAAAACACACGCCUCACCGGACCUGUCGGAAGUGAAACCCCCCUCCCGACAUUAACAGCAGAGCGCCACAGCUCACUCACAGAUUAUAAAAUACACAUAGUGUUGUUUGUGGUUGGCACACAAAUCAUCAGUCAUGAGAUAUAUAUAUAUA